AUGAUUACGGAUAUUUCAUGUACAUUUGUAGCACUUUACUAUGGUUCAUGGAUAUCACAAAAUAUCAUACGUCAAAUAAAUGGUGGUGAAUUACUGCUUGGUAUUGGUAGUGAAAAGCGAACAUUAAGUACAUUAUUAUUGAAUUAUAUUGAAUGGAAUAAUAACAAAACAAAACAAUCUCAAUAUAAACAAUAUUGUCUAUGGUUAAAACAAAAUUUAAUUAAAGGAUAUCCGUGUAUAAUUACUGUUUAUUUAGAUGGUGAAAAUGAUAAGGAUUAUGAUCAUAUUAUUCCAGUAAUUGGAAUUGAUUAUCAGAUUAAAAAUGUGUACAAUAAGAAUGAUGUUCUAUAUUUCCAUAAUUUAUAUCAAAAUCAAAUAAUUAAAAGUCGUAUAAAUACUAUGAUGAGUACGAGAAAAUUAUGUAAAAAACGUACAUAUGAUGGAGGAUGUAUACCUAGAGAUAUAACAUAUGGUUUAGCAAUCACAGGUAUAACAGAUAAAAAUCAUUUAACAUUACCAAUUCGAUUAUAUGUUAAUUCAUGGGAUGAACCAAACAUAUCUCUAGGUGCUAGACCAAAAAUAUUACACGGCACAAUUGUCAUAUCGAAUCUUAUACCAAAUCGAAAAUAUGUUCUAUUACGGUAUGACACGUACAAGACUGUUCCAACAUCGGGAAAAGAAAGUAAAUUUUUAAAAUCGAAAUAUGAUUAUAGAUAUGAAUUUCAGGCAAUUGGUAAUACGUGGACAUUUAAUGAUUCAAAUGGUAUUCAUUCAAAUGGUUCUACAUACUAUCGUUGUGUUAAAUUGGUUUGA